AUGAGCGUCCGCUCGGGAGACCUCGACCAGGCGGCGAAGGAGUUCCCUGCGGACCUUCGCGCGUCGACGAGUCCGUCGCCUGACGGGUCCGGGUCCGACCACACCAAGAGCAUGUGCCCGCCAAUGGAGUGGCCGGCCGGGGGGAAGAAAGGCGCUCCAGGCGUGCCCGUGGAUCAGGAGGCCGAUGUCCAGGCGCCCGAGGGCGCGCUCACCGCUCACCGCGAUCUCCGCCACCACGGCGGAACCCACUGCGACAUGCCGGCCGUCGGGGGCGCGGCGGUGCUGCGCAUGGAGCACAUUCAGGGCGUGGAGAUCAAGGGCCCGCCGCCGACGGUCUCGGACGUGCUCACGAUGACGCGCGCGUUUCGCGCCGCCGCCGACAACGGCGCGCACAAGGUCCACUCGCCCAUUGCGCACAGCUGCCUUCAGGCUUUGAUGGCGGGUAUUUACGUGACGUUCGGCGCGGUGACGGCCAUGUACAUCGGAGGCAACAUGCCAGGUGUUGCGGCAACGGACCCGGGCCUGGCCUCGCUCAUCUUCGGCAUCUUCGGGUUCCCAACGGGCCUGCUCGCGGUUGUGUUGACGGGUGCGGAGCUGUUCACCGGCAACUGCCUCGUUUGCACUGCGGCGUGGGCUGAGGGUCGCUGCACCACCCCGGAGUUCCUGCGCUCGCUGGCCGUGUCGUGGCUCGGCAACUUGUGCGGUGCGCUGCUCUUCGUUGGUAUCUUCACCGGGGCGGGAUUCGCCGAAAAGCCCGAGGAUCUGCACGCCUUCAUGGUGAGCGUCGCGGCGAAGAAGACGUCACACAACUUUGGGCAGACCUUCCUGCGCGGCCUCCUGGCGAACUUCCUGGUCGACCUCGCGGUGCUGCAGGCCGCCAUCUGCACGACGUUCGUCGGGAAGUUCGUAGGCAUCUUCUUGGCCACAUCCAUGUUUGCGGCGCUGGGGCUGGAGCACGUUGUGGCAAACAUGAGCAUGGUACCCCUGGGCAUGAUCCACGGCGCUGACGUCGGCGUCGGCAAGUUCAUCUAUUCGAACCUGAUCCCCGUGACGCUGGGCAACUACGUCGGCGGGGGGGUGAUGAUUGGGAUGGUGUACGCCCUUCUGUUUGGGAGGUGGUCCCGGACGUUCUCGAACGUGGUGCGGUGGCCGAAGCGCGCGUUCGACGGCGAGCACCACUGA